AUGCUUUUAUUAACCUCAAACUAUUGCGCAUUUUCUAGAAUCCGACAUGUGGCUCAUCAACAAAUACGUCGUUGCUCUUCUGGUGUGCUUGUGUCAUGGAGGAAUCGUUUUCAACGCCUGCAGCGGGCUCUGCAGAAAGGCACCUAUUUGGCACCCGGAUGUCUGUUUGAAACACUGCAGUGGCCUGGCAAAGCUAUUUUUGAGACCUAG